AUGUCCGGUGCAGGUAAUCGUGAACAAGUGUUUCCAACACGUAUGACUUUAGGAGUAAUGAAAUCAAAAUUGAAAGGAGCUCAACAAGGACAUACAUUAUUAAAAAGAAAAUCAGAAGCUUUAACAAAAAGAUUUAGAGAUAUAACUCAAAGAAUAGAUGAUGCUAAAACCAAAAUGGGUAGAGUUAUGCAAACAGCAGCUUUUUCAUUAGCUGAAGUAUCAUAUGCAACAGGAGAUAAUAUAUCAUAUCAAGUUCAAGAAAGUGUUCAAAAUGCAAGAUUUCAAGUACAAGCAAAACAAGAAAAUGUUUCUGGUGUUUAUUUACCUACAUUUGAAAGUAAAAUAAAUGAAAAUAUAAAUGAUUUUAAAUUAACUGGUUUAGGUAGAGGUGGACAACAAGUUCAAAAAGCAAAACAAGUUUAUACAAAAGCAGUAGAAACAUUAGUUGAAUUAGCUUCAUUACAAACUGCUUUUAUUAUAUUAGAUGAAGUUAUAAAAGUAACAAAUAGAAGAGUUAAUUCAAUUGAACAUGUUAUUAUUCCAAGAACUGAAAAUACUAUAGCUUAUAUUAAUUCAGAAUUAGAUGAAUUAGAUAGAGAAGAAUUUUAUAGAUUAAAAAAGGUUAAAGAAAUUAAACAAGAAGCUGCUUCUCAAGCUGAAAAUGAAGAAAAAUUAGCUUUAGCUGCUGCUGAAGGUGAAACUGAUAUUGGUGGUAUACGAGAUAAUGAAAAUAGUUUGAAUAUUCAAGCUGAUAAAGAAAGAGGUGGUGAUGUUUUGGGUGAAACUGAAGAUGAUGUCAUUUUUUAA